AUGGCUGACGGACUCUUUCAGCGCAAACCCUGGGGCCCCGAGCAGAUCCGCCCGGACCCCGACCCUGAGUCCGAAGGCCUGUUUGACAAGCCGCCCCCCGAAGAGCCCCCCGCUGCCCGCGCCCCCCGGUCGGCGUCGGCCGCGGGCAAGAGGGCUGGUCGGCGCGCCGGUGGGAAGGCGCACGGGGCCCGAGCCGGGCAGCCCCCGAAGGCCGCCGCGCGCCCCCAGCCCAAGGAGGAGGCGCCUCCACUGGACGAAGGCUGCUAUCUCGACCAUUUCCCGCACCUCUCCAUCUUUAUCUACGCCGCCAUCGCCUUCUCCAUCACCUCCUGCAUCUUUACCUAUAUCCAUUUACAGCUUGCCUGA